ACAUCAUCGUUAGCUAUAGCUGAGAUAAGACGUGUAUUAAAACGAAUUUCUGUCCUCUGAUUAGAUUCAGUCUGCAGUCUGCUUGAUUCUCUAGUGGAUCAAAAGAGGAUAUCAUUAUUUUAUUCAUUAUUUUGUAUUUCUUUUGUUCGCUUCCCAUUUACGAUGUAAUUACCAGUUGAGGAAAGUGAGGUUACUAAGUCUCCAGAUUCUGAAUUACUCUAGUCUGAUUAUAGACUAGAAAGUAUUAUAAACAGCUUUAUACUUGUCUACAAAAGUUAUUUAUGUUAACAGAAUUGAUAUCCAAAAUGGAUAGCAGCUCGGACGACAGCAUUUUGAGUAAUGAAGAUAUGAAGUUGAAAACGUCAAAUUCGUUUGAUAAUUACUCUCAAGAUCAUCGGAGAAAUUCCCAUUAUUCUGAAAUGCCACACUAUACUGUACUGAAUGCUUUUGAUAAUGAUGAUAAUUAUUUAAGUCACAAAAAAAGAUCUGGACACUCCUCCUCGUCUUCCGAUGAUCAACAAUAUAGUGAAUCGCCAAAGUAUGGAUUCAAAAUGAAUAUUAACAAUCACGACGAAAGUUUGUGCAAACGGAAAAAAAGAAAAUUGCACAAUAAAGAUAUGAUUAAUGAUCUAGAGCAAGAAAAACACACUCAAUUUCUUGAGUCAUCGAAAAUGUGUGCUUAUAACAGUAUAAAUCAUGUAUCUCAUACAUCCAAAGCUCAAAAUAUGAUGGAGAAAAUGGGAUACAAGCCAGGAAAAGGUCUGGGAAAGGAUGAUCAAGGUCGUGUAGAACCAAUAGAGGCGAUUACACAACGAGGUCGAAGAGGAUUUGGACAUUUUGUACCAGGUCUCAAAGAAGCGAGUCUUAAAUGGAAUCCUGAAGAGGAAGAAAUUAAAGCUAUAGAAGAUAUGGAAUGGUUACCAAAUGUGCAUUCUCAUACACUCCUAGGUGAGACUGUUAUCAAUUGGGUAAUAAUGGGAUCGAGAAAACUCACCAUAGACGACGAAACCACAUAUUGCAACCCAGAGAUUUUAGAGCAAGUUAUCAGAUCAAAAACCGUAUUUGACAAAUUAGAUAAAGUCGAAUUGCGUAAAGCAAGAACACGUUCGAAUCCUUACGAAACUAUUCGCACUGCCAAUUUUUUGAAUCGUGCGGCUGUCAAAAUGGCAAAUAUAGACAGAGCAUGUAAUUUUAUGUUUACCAAUCCAAAGGGUUUACAUCCCAAUGAAUUAUUGUACUUUGCUGAUGUAUGUGCUGGUCCAGGUGGUUUCAGCGAGUAUGUUCUGUCCAGGAAGAAAUGGCACUCCAAAGGAUUUGGUUUUACUUUGAGGAACGAAAAUGACUUUACAUUGGACGAGUUCUUUGCUGGCCCAUGUGAAACCUUUCAUCCUUUCUAUGGUUCUAAAGGCAAUGGAGAUGUAUUUGAUCCACAGAAUCAAGAAGAAUUUAGAUCCUUGGUAAUGAAACACACGUAUGGCAAAGGUGUACAUUUUAUGAUGUCAGAUGGAGGAUUCUCUGUGGAAGGUCAAGAAAACAUACAGGAGAUUUUGUCUAAACAGUUAUAUCUAUGUCAGUGUCUGGUGGCAUUAAUGAUAGUGAGACCAGGUGGACACUUUGUGACCAAAUUGUUUGACUUGUUUACUCCCUUCAGCGUUGGACUUAUUUAUCUAAUGUAUAGAUGUUUCGAAAAUAUUUGCAUCUUUAAGCCCAACACUUCUAGACCAGCUAAUUCAGAACGUUAUUUAAUAUGUAAAAGAAAAAAGCUGGACACCGAAGCGAUAAUGUUCUAUCUUUCUGACGUUAACCGUUUACUUUUAUCGAGAGAUGAGAACAGUGAUGUAAUUCAUUUAGUACCGCCCGAAAUAUUGGAAGCGGAUAAGGCGUUUGUAACGUAUUUGAGAAGUUCCAACGACGUUUUAGGAAAGAAACAGGUAAUAGGCCUCUUAAAGAUUGCGGCUUUUUGCGAGGACCCGAUGCUGACCGAACCAAAACAAGCGGAUAUGCGGAAGGAAUGCUUGAAUUAUUGGAAUAUACCUGACAAAACUCGCGUGAGACCGCAAAUCGUUAGACCACAAGAUAAGAUUAGGGAGAUUUUAAACAACACCGAAAGCUGUUUCUUUAGAUCUGAGGCAGAGAAACUGAAGAUCGAUAAUGCAAAAAGUAUAUUGAGUCGACCGUACAAUUGGUAUUGCAUGCCCUGUGGUUUUGGUCCCUGUGUCGAAGAGGAUAAAGCAGCAACGUUUUAUUUGGGUUUGGGAAGACGGAAAGUGUUUCGUUACACGAAAGGCAAGUGGGAAUCGAUUGGAGAUGUACAGAUAGAACUACCACCUGAUACUCUUGUAUACGCCGAACUAGUAUAUGAAACGAAAUGGAUGGGAAAAUACUUCUCCAAGACACGUGCGUUACAUAUCUUGGAUGCUUACAUGAUUGGUGGAGAAGAUAUAAGCAGACAAUACUUAUGCGAUAGGUACAAAUCUAUUAAAAAAGUUUGCGAUGCACUGUGGAAACCAGUUCCGAACGAGUACGUAUGUGUGCGUCCUAAACCGAUGUUCAUGCUGAAUCCUAUGGAUAUAGAGAAGAAUUUGCGUGUCACGCGGUGUCGCGAGGUGAAAAUUCCUGUUACGUUUGAGUGGCCAAAGAGUUACUUAGAACGUGACAAUGAAAACGAUACGAAUCCUGUAUAUUAUACAUUCAACAGCGUACUUUUCUUACCAAGCAUCGCUCAUCCUUGGUCACGUCAUAUUAGUCAGAAAACGAAACAUUUUUAUGUCACUAACGAGGCUACCCAUCAAUCAGAAUAUGAAAUCCGAAACGGUCAAAAUAAUAGACCGCGCACAGCCGAAGCCAGUUUUAUGGAAGCAUUCGAGAAACGUAUUAUUUGGCACUGGCCUGGCGAUGGUACAUUGAAUAUGAACGCUUUACUUACAAUAAUUAACCCACUGCAAAAUGUCUGAUUCAUAUGUAUUAUAUUGUACAUAUUGUAAAUGUAAAUAUUACAUUUGUAUGUAUGAAAUUGUUACCAAAUUUUUUUUUGUUU